AUGCCCAGCACCUCCCCCUCACCCUCCCCUCCCCCCCAAGCCCCCAUUCCCCUCACCCCCGGCCCCCGCGCCAACGCUCUCUACACCGUCUAUGAAAAAUCUCUCGCUUCCGCUCUACACACUAUUUCCUACCCCGCCUUCUCCUCCUGUUUCCCCUCCAUCUCGCGCAAUGCGCCGGAAGCGCUCAAAGCCGUGCAUGGGCAGAUGGUUUCCCGAUUACGCCAAUUCGCACUCGAUGAGUUCGAGAUGAUUUUGCAGGAACGCAGAGUGGUGGAACGAUUGAAUGGCCUGGAGGGGGUGAUUGAGAGUGCGAGACGGAGGAAAGCGAGGGGUGUGGAUGCGGAGACGGAGGGGAGGGAUCUGGGUGUUGCCCCACACACCCUCCCCGCGCCCUCCAUCCUCGCCGCCCAUCUCACCCCCCUCUACACAACACAACAAUCACAACUCAACGCCAAACUCCAAACGACACAAUCGCAAAACGCGAGUCUCGCAGACGAAAUCCAGAAACAGCGAGAGGAGAUUGAAAAACUAGUAAGAGGGGUUGAAAUUGUGGUUGAAGAUCUGGAUCGCGCGAAUGAGGUUAUGGAUCGAGAGGUUGAUGGAUUGGGAAAGGAGGCUUUGGAGGCGGAGAAUGCUUUGAGGGAUGCGUAGGCUGGUUUUUGGUGGCUAUGGAGUGGGGUUGUGAGACGUGGGGGGAGAAAUGAUAA